AUGAGGAAUUACAAAAGAAAAACAAACCGUGCCAAUAAACCUGUUGAAUUAAUGCAGCAAGCAAUGAAUUUAGUUCUACAUGAAAACAAGUCAUUAGGAGAAGUUUCUCGAAUGUUUGAAAUAAAUAAAACUUCAUUAUCAAGAUUUAUGAAACGUAUAAAAGAUAAUCCUGCAGAUGUGAGAUUUGGCUAUAGUACUCCAAGACAAGUUUUUAAUAAGGAACAAGAAUCCAGAAUCACAGAAUACUUGCAUAAACUUGAACAAAUUUUCCAUGGCAUAGGUUCAAAAGAAGUUCGCCGCAUGGCUUAUGAUUAUGCAAUUAAACAUAAAAUAAAGACACCAGAAACAUGGCGCGCAAAUAAAAUGCCUAGUAGGGAUUGGGUAUCUGUUUUCCUUACACGAAACCCAAGCCUUUCAAUCAGAAAAAAACCUGAAACAGUCAGAAUCAAGGCUAUGUCAUUCAACAAAACUAAUGUGCAAGAAUUUUACACGAAAUUAGCAAAAAUUUUGGAUCAGUUUAAAUUCACAGCUUCUGCUGUAUGGAAUGCAGAUGAAACUAGUGUAUCGACUGUUAACAAACUAUCAAAUAUAAUUGCAGACAAAGAAAAGAAUAAUGUUACUGUAUUACUUGCAGUCUCGGCUUUAGGUUCAUUCGUUCCACCUAUGUUUAUAUUUCCUUGUGAAAAGUUUGAAUACCAUUUUAUUCGAGAUGGUCCUUCUGAUUGCAUAGGAGCUGGGAAUUCAAGCGGUUGUCUUACUCAUGACGAGUUUUUUAUGUAUAUUCAACAUUUUAUCAAGCACGUUAAGGCCAGUAAAGAAUCACCAGUUUUGUUGAUUUUGAACAACAACUUUUCAUUAUCCAUGUCUAUACCUACACUGGACCUUGCUGAUGAAAAUGGCGUGAUAAUGCUUUCUAUUCCUCGACAUUGCUCUCAGAAAAUGCAACCGCUUGACGUUGGAGUAUAUGAACCUUUUAAAACAUAUAUGUCAUCUGCUAAAGUUGCAUGGAUGCAGAAUAAUGCUGGGAAGACAAUGACGAUAUAUGAUGUCCCUGAAAUCGUUCGGAUUGCUUUACCAUUAGCUUUAGAACCUAAUAAUAUAGAGAAUGGGUUUGAAAAAACUGGCGUAUUUCCCUACAACCAAAAUAAAUUUAGCGACGCUGAUUAUGCACCAUGUCCAAUGGAAGAAGACAAAAAUGAGACACAGCCAUCGACAUCGACUUCAGAGUUUCUACAUAACAUAAUGAGUGGAUCUGAACAAACUAGCGUAUUUCCCAACAACCAAAAUAAAUUAAGCGAUGCUGAAUUUGCACAAAAUCUAAUAAAAAAUAUCAAAAAGGAGCCAGAGCCAGAUCCAUCGACUUCAGAUUUUUCACCAAAUGCACAAACUUCUACAUCAUUGGAUCCACAGAAACCAACGACGUAUGAUACAGAAGUUGAAACUAUUGAGGUAUUAAUCGAUCCUUUGGAAUUAUUUUCACAUAAAUAA